GCGUGGUAAAGAUGGCGGAGAAGAGUUCUGUGCCGAGUGAUCUCUACAAGUGCGUUUAUUCAUUUCUGCGAGAGAACAAGUUCGCCAAGGCGGCGCAGCAGUUCCUGAAGCAGACUCAAGUGACCCCACAAGACGAAAAUGAAGAAAACCUCCUCAACAUCUACGACUUCUGGGUGAAGUCUCCUGAAUCCAAGAAAAGAAAAGCGCCUCCUACCAAGGCUGAAGCUGGCAACGGUCCAUCGGCCAAGAAAGCAAAGCCGAGUACAGAGGCCUCCAGCAGCGAAGAGUCGAGCAGCGAGGAUGAAGCAGCUGCUGCCAAACCUAAGGCAGCCGCUGCAAAACCAGCCGCUGCAGCUGCUAAGGUGAUCCCUGCUAAAGCAGCAGCAGCUACUAAAGCUGCAUCCAGCAGCAGUGAAGACUCCAGUGACUCUGAGGAGGAGAAGGCUCCUGUAAAGGCUCCUGUGAAGCAGGUUGCUGCUGCUCCUGUAAAGAAGGUUGCUGCUGCUGCUACUGCUGCAGGUAGCACAAGGAAGAAAGACAGCAGCUCAAGCAGUGAAGAGUCAGACUCUGAGGAGGAGCAGCCGGCUAAAGCCCCUGCACCAAAACCCAAGCCGGGUGCAGCCACAACAUCCAAACCUGCUGCUCCUGCUAAAGUUGCAGGUCAGAAAAAACCGGAGAGCAGCAGUGAAGAAAGUUCCUCAGAUUCUGAAGACGAGAAACCGGCUAAGGCUCCAGUCAAACCCAUCCCAGUAAAAGCUGCUGCUGCAGCGGAAUCAAGCAGUGAAGACUCUUCAUCUGAGGACGAGGCUCCUCCCAGUAAAAAACCCAAAGCAGGAGCGUACAGUGCCGUACCACCACCUGCAACAGUCCAGAAAGCCCCGGCCACGCCAGCAGCCAGCAAGGCCAAGGAGAGCGACUCCUCAGACAGCAGUGAUGACAGCAGUGACGAGGAAGAAAAGAAGAAAGUGGCUGCGAAACCUGCCGCUGUAAAGAGCCCUGCGGUCAAACCUGCUGCAGCCAAACCUGCUGCAAAGAAGCAGGAAUCCAGCUCUGAGAGCUCAGAUUCAAGCUCGGAUGAAGAGGCAAAGAAGACUCCAGCCAAAGCAGCCCCAGCCAAGGCGGCCCCAGCCAAAGCGGCCCCAGCCAAGGCUGCAGCUGCUAAGAAGCAGGAUUCAGACUCUGACUCAUCAAGUUCAGAGGAUGAAGAGGAGGCAAAAAAACCUGCAGCAAAAGUGACCCCGGCUAAGGCUACUGCAGCCAAAGCUACACCGGCCAAGGCUACUCCGGCUAAGGCUACACCUGCUAAAGACUCCUCCUCAGAAGAUUCCAGUUCAGAGGAGGAGGAGACAGCUGCCAAGAAGCCCACAGCUACACCGGCUAAAGCUACACCGGCCAAGGCUACACCUGCUAAAGAAUCCUCCUCAGAAGAGUCCAGUUCAGACGAGGAGGAGACGGCAGCAAAGAAGCCCACAGCUACACCGGCUAAAGCUACACCGGCCAAGGCUACACCGGCCAAGGCUACACCUGCUAAAGAAUCCUCCUCAGAAGAGUCCAGUUCAGACGAGGAGGAGACGGCAGCAAAGAAGCCCACAGCUACACCGGCUAAAGCUACACCGGCCAAGGCUACACCGGCUAAAGCUACACCGGCCAAGGCUACACCUGCUAAAGAAUCCUCCUCAGAAGAGUCCAGUUCAGACGAGGAGGAGACGGCAGCAAAGAAGCCCACAGCUACACCGGCCAAGGCUACACCGGCUAAAGCUACACCGGCCAAGGCUACACCUGCUAAAGAAUCCUCCUCAGAAGAGUCCAGUUCAGACGAGGAGGACACGGCAGCGAAGAAGCCCACAGCUACACCGGCUAAAGCUACACCGGCUAAAGCUACACCGGCUAAAGCUACACCGGCUAAAGCUACACCGGCCAAGGCUACACCUGCUAAAGAAUCCUCCUCAGAAGAGUCCAGUUCAGACGAGGAGGAGACGGCAGCAAAGAAGCCCACAGCUACACCGGCCAAGGCUACACCGGCCAAGGCUACACCGGCUAAAGCUACACCGGCCAAGGCUACACCUGCUAAAGAAUCCUCCUCAGAAGAGUCCAGCUCAGACGAGGAGGAGACGGCAGCAAAGAAGCCCACAGCUACACCGGCUAAAGCUACACCGGCCAAGGCUACACCGGCUAAAGCUACACCGGCCAAGGCUACACCUGCUAAAGAAUCCUCCUCAGAAGAGUCCAGUUCAGACGAGGACGACACGGCAGCGAAGAAGCCCACAGCUACACCGGCUAAAGCUACACCAGCCAAGGUUACACCGGCCAAAGCUACACCGGCUAAGGCUACUCCUGCUAAAGAAUCCUCCUCAGAAGAGUCCAGUUCGGACGAGGAAGAACCAGCAAAAACCAAGCCAGUAGCGGUAACUAAACCUGCUACCCCAACGGCAAAGCCUGCCACUCCUGCAGCAAAGCCUGCAGCAGAGAGUAGCUCAGACUCUGACAGCUCAGACUCUGAGAAUGAGGCCUCAAAACCUGCAGUCAAGAAGCCAGCUCCAGCUAAAGCAGUGGCUAAGAAACCUGCCGCUGCUGCAAAGGCCACCGCAGACUCCAGUGAUGACAGCUCCAGUGAUGAGGAGGAACCCAAGAAGGCGGCACCACCGACACCCAAACCUGCAGCCACAAAGGCAGCAGCUGCUCCACCAAAGAAGACUGAGGAGAGCAGCUCAGACAGCUCUGACUCUGAGGCAGAGACCAAGUCCACCCCUGCUAAACCUGUAGUCACAAACGGUAAGGCGGCAACACCCAAGACCCCAACAAAGACACCAACAAAGCCAGAAGAGUCUUCAUCCAGUGAAAGCAGCUCCGAGGAGGAGGAAGAGGCCAGUAAAGGUACUACAGUAAAGAAACCUGUGACGCCCGCCGCAACGCCAAAGACAACUCCAGCAGCUAAACCUAAAGAGAGCAGCUCCUCAGAAAGUUCAUCAGAUGAGGAGGAAGCACCACAGAAAGCUGCCACAGCGCCCACCACCCCCACAACAAACGGUACCAAUGGAAAGAGAAAUAGAGAUGAAUCAGAAAGUGAAGACGAAGAGACGGCGGUCACACCAAAAAACAAAAAGGCAUCAACCACACCUCAGACUUUCCCUAAAGCCAAUAAGAAGUCUUCCAACGUACCUUUCCGUAGAAUAAUGGAGGAAAAAGUUGAAGUGGAUCCCCGUCUUGCAGAUAACUCCUUUGAUGCAAAGUCUGGAUCCAGAGGUGACUGGGGCGAAAAAGCGAACGAUGUCCUCAGGUUCACUAAAGGCAAGUCAUUCCGCCACGAAAAGACAAAGAAGAAGAGGGGAAGCUACCGCGGUGGAGCCAUCUCCCAGACUGUCAACUCCAUUAAGUUUGACAGUGAUUGAGCACCUUCUCUUCCUGGUUCCUGAUGCGAUCAAGACUUUGGACUGCCUGCUCCCUUCCCCUGUAUCAAGUCCCUCUGUCCUCAGCAGAUCAGCGAUGGAGGAAUGUGAACCUGUAGAGCCGAGCUGGCACUUCAAUUCAGUUUGCUGCUCUAAGAUUGUAAUUGAGACAGUUAGUUUGGUCUGAGGCAGCAGGAGACGUGUGGACCCAGCUGUGCUGCAGACUGUACUGGUUGACAUCUACGUGACAUUACACUUAUAGCCACUAGGUGGCUGCAGGCCCCCUCCCCUGUUAAUGGUAAAAAGCCAAUGUGAGUGUUUGGCCCUUCUUUUGUUUUGAUUUUGUUAACCUGUAUUAUUCUCAAAUAACAAAUGUCCUGUCACUUUGUUUCUUUCUGUGUCGGAAUUGCAGCCUGCCAUCCCAGCAGGUUCUUCAUCCUGUGAUAUUGAUUUUUAAUGGAUCAAAUGGUUGUUCCUUUUUCGUGUUGCUACAUUUAAAUGGGGCGAGGGUGUAUUCUUGGGUUUUUUCUCUUAACAUUGCAUGAAAUCAUUUAGCGAGUAAAAAUGAGUUUUAUACUGUAUUUAUUACGUUUUAUUCCAAUUGGACCAUUAGGACCUCAGACGUUUCUUUCAUGCUGUUUUCAAGCCAUUUUGCUUUGAGGAGGUUUCUUGUGAUGUUAGGAUGCCCCUGUCUACCCCUCAUUCUGUUCAUCAGUGGUAUGGAUUUAAUGGAUUGUUACAAACUUAACAGAGCCAUAAUUGUUUCAAUGAUUUUCAUUUACUCUAUGAACUUGUUUUUUUUAUUACCUGUUGUAGCUGUGAUUAAAGACCUAACAGAUUAAA